CAGAUUUAGAUUUGUUAUUUGAUUAAGUAAUUAAUCAAUUAAGGAUUGCGGUUUUCACAGUCAUCUAUGUCUUCUUCGCUUGCGGUGCCCCCUUCCUACUCCUACUUCCCCAACCCAACUUUUGUCUCAUGCACGAACUGUCCUGUUUUGUCGUCUGGUGUGGUGCACCGCGUCUCUACAGUACUGUUAAUAAUAAGCAGCAAAUCCAAGGGAAGAGAGAAUGGACCAGAUUUAACGCACCCACACCACCAUAGCCAUUAAGCCAGUAAAGAAGAGGAAGGAAGAAGCUGCAUUGUUGCUUCCAUCCCCAUCCCAGCUUGUCAAACUCUAGCAUCUUAUUACUUCUAUCAGCAACCCACAAACACAAAUCAGUAGCAGCAGCAGAAGGAGAACAAAAUAAGUUUGUUUAUCCCAAUUUUUGGGCGGUAAGCAAUGCUCCAAUACUGAAUACUGAAUGCUGCUGCUGCAUUCAUUCUUCUGAUUCUUGUGUCUGCUUUCUCUAGAUCUUCAUUCUCUCUGUAAAACUUAUUGCUUCUUUUCAAACAUUGAUGUAGCUCUGUCUUCUACUUCAUCAUUGAUAUGCAGAUUCCGUCUCUGUUUCUCCCUGAUUCAUCCGAUGCUAGCAGUGUCGUCUGCUUCAUCCGUACUGCUGCCCUGAACUGAGCUGGUGAAGACUCGUUUCAUUUCCACCCAGUUUUGGUUUCUGGGUCGGCUCAUUGUAACUUAUUGGCGGCGAUGGAGGAAAGCUUUGUACCAUUCCGAGGAAUCAAGAACGACCUCCAGGGAAGAUUGGCUUUCUACAAGAAGGAUUGGACGGGUGGUUUCAGCUCUGGGUUAAGUAUUUUGGCACCAACUACCUACAUAUUCUUCGCCUCUGCAAUCCCAGUGAUUUCCUUUGGAGAACAAUUGGAAAGAGAGACAGAUGGGGCUCUCACCGCAGUUCAGACAUUGGCUUCCACUGCAGUAUGUGGAAUCAUUCACUCCAUCAUAGGAGGUCAGCCAUUGUUGAUCCUCGGAGUCGCAGAGCCCACCGUGAUCAUGUACACUUUCAUGUUCAAUUUCGCCAACAGCAGACCUGAAUUGGGAUCAAAGCUCUAUCUAGCUUGGACCAGCUGGGUGUGCGUCUGGACUGCUCUCUUGCUCUUCCUUCUCUCUGUGUUAGGAGCAUGCUCCAUAAUCAACAGGUUUACCCGUCUUGCUGGAGAGUUGUUUGGCCUUCUCAUAGCCAUGCUUUUCAUGCAGCAGGCGAUCAAAGGACUCAUUGAUGAGUUUCGGAUACCGGAAAGAGAAGACCCGAAUGCAGUUCAGUUCCAAUUAUCAUGGAGAUUUGCAAAUGGAAUGUUUGCCAUCGUCCUUUCAUUUGGCCUUCUGCUGACUGCCUUGAAAAGCAGGAAAGCAAGGUCUUGGCGAUAUGGUUCAGGCUGGGUGAGGGGCUUCCUAGCUGAUUAUGGUGUACCAUUAAUGGUCAUGGUAUGGACUGGACUUUCCUACAUACCAACUGGAACUGCUCCGACAGGCAUCCCGAGACGCCUCUUCAGUCCAAACCCGUGGUCAGCUGGUGCCUACAAGAACUGGACUGUGAUAAAGGAAAUGCUUGAUGUCCCGGUUUUAUACAUAGUCGGAGCUUUCAUCCCAGCAACCAUGAUAGCGGUGCUAUAUUACUUUGAUCAUAGUGUGGCAUCUCAGCUAGCUCAGCAGAAGGAGUUCAACUUGAGGAAACCACCCUCUUUCCACUAUGACUUGCUUCUUCUUGGUUUCAUGGUCAUCCUGUGUGGUCUCCUCGGAAUCCCUCCAGCUAAUGGAGUCAUCCCUCAAUCUCCAAUGCAUACGAGGAGUCUGGCUACUUUAAAACAUCAGUUGCUUCGUAGAAAACUCUUGGCCGCAGCACGCAAGCGCAUGAGUGAGAAUGCUAGCUUGGGGCAAGUUUAUGCAAGCAUGAAAGAGGCUUACCAACAGGCUCAAAGCCCACCGAUCCCCCCGGGAUCUGCUGCUCCUGGUUUGAAGGAACUGAAAGACUCGACGCUCCAGAUGGCUGCAAGACUGGGAAGCUUCAAUGCCCCAGUUGACACUACAGUAUUCGACAUUGAGAAGGAGAUCGACAACCUCUUGCCCAUCGAGGUGAAAGAACAACGUCUAAGCAACUUGCUUCAGGCUGUAAUGGUGGGAUUAUGUAUUGGUGCCAUGCCUUUGAUUAAAAAGAUCCCGACUUCAGUGCUUUGGGGCUACUUCGCAUUCAUGGCCAUCGAAAGUUUGCCAGGGAACCAGUUCUGGGAAAGGAUCUUGCUCAUCUUCACUGCUCCUAGCAGGAGAUACAAAGUGCUGGAAGAUUAUCAUGCCACAUUCCUGGAAACCGUCCCGUUCAAGACCAUAAUAAUGUUCACAUUGUUCCAAGCUGGUUAUUUGCUAGUGUGCUUUGGUAUCACAUGGAUCCCAAUAGCUGGAGUUCUCUUCCCUCUGAUGAUCAUGCUUCUGGUCCCUGUGAGGCAAUACAUGCUGCCCCAGUUCUUCAAAGGAGCACACCUUCAAGAUCUGGACGCAGCGGAAUAUGAAGAGAUUCCAGCAAUGCCAUUCAACUCGACCACUGACAUAGAGAUGUUGAGCAGGAGAGCUUCCUUCGCUGAUGAUGGAGAGAUGUUGGAUGGGAUAUUUACACGAGGCAGAGGCGAGAUAAAACGGGCGUGCAGUGGCCCGAUAUUGGCAUCGGAAGAGUUGAAGACUGUCGAGGGUCCUCAAGUUGCAGAUAGGGGAGGAAGUGUGACUCGUUUCAGAGGGGAUCUGAGCCCUCGCCAAGCGAGUAAAGGACCAUUUACUUCAAAACCUUCGCACUUGGGUAAAACUGGGUAGAAAAGAAGGUGUAGUAGGGUUUACUUCCUACUGACAGAAAAACGGAGAAGCGGAGUACAUAGAUAUUAGUGAUGCUGCUGAAGAAUUUUGUAAGGGGCAUAAGAAAAAUGUAAAAUGCUCCUCAUUCUCAUUCAUUUGUUAAAACAACUCAUCUCUAAUGAACACAAUCUUUAAUCCAUGAUCACUGAUUUCACUUGGUAGACUAAAGGUUUUAAGUUCACACCUGUGCUGUGUACUGUAGCUCCAACGAUCAAAUAUGUUAACCGAACGCCUUUGCUACAGUCUAAACCACUGCUCGGAGACACAGUUGUGCUGGAAGAGCUUGUGCCAGCUUAUAUACAGUCUCUGUUAGUUGUGGAGUGUAGACGACGCAGGGCUACUGAAUAACGUAUUCCGGGAGUA